UCGGCGACCGGGGGGCUGGCAGCGCGGGCAGCGGGCGCCGGGACACCUGCGGACACAGGUGAGUGGCGGGAGGGCGGGGGCGGGGCGCCGGGGCUGCGGGCGCGGGGCCGAGAGAAGGGGAAGCCGGGUCAAAGCUCGGAAUGGACCCUGGGGGGGUCCAUUCCGAGCCCUAGGAGGGAGGAUUAUUGGGAGGGGGCCCGGGAGACAAGGAACGUUGUCAUAAAGCAGAGGAAGAGUAAGGGGCGGGCUGCGCGGGGUUCUGGGGCCCACCUGGAGGGAGACCAGCACCUGCUUAGGAGGUCUCUCCUCUCCAGGCCCUGCCGCCCCAGAGAGCGGGUCCUCUAUCCAGGUUUAGGGGGAGGGGAUGGAGCCCCGCGCGCGCGGCUCCCAGCCCCACGGAGGCGCUCCCACGGGCUGGGGAAGACCAAACAGAGCCGGCUCCCACUCGGCUCGUCUGUAAGGCCAGCGGCCGGAUAGCUGUCUGUGGCCUGGAGGGUCCAGCCUCAGCGGGUCCCUUUCUCCUGAACAUUGGAGUUAUGACCCUUGGGAGGUGACCCAGGAGAGGAGGGAUGCACGCCUUUGGUCCUCCCAAUGAGGGUCGCCUCCAAGGACUGGUGGCCUCUCGCAUUGAGACGUAUGGGGGCCGGCUUCAGGCCUCCACCCCGAGUACUCCUGGUAGCCUCUAUCCCCGAGGAGGCCCCAUGCUGGAUCCCAGGGGCCGACACCUCCAAGGCUAUGUCCCCUUUACCAAGGGUUCUGGCCCGGCCCGAGGCCUGUCUCCCCUGAGGCUGCGAGAACCAGAGCCUGAGAAGAGGCAUGGAGGCCCCUUUGGGGCUGGGACACCUCACUUCCCAAAACUCAAGGAAGUCACCAGAGCCCAAGAGCUGGAGGUGAGGCUGCACACGUUCAGCAUGUUUGGGAUGCCCCGCCUGCCCCCAGAGGACCGGCGGCGCUGGGAGAUCGGAGAGGACAGUGACAGCAGCCUGGCCAUUGAGAAGUCCUGGAAGGAGCUGGUGCCUGGGCACAAGGAGAUGAGCCGGGAGCUCUGCCACCAGCAGGAAGCGCUGUGGGAGCUACUGACCACGGAGCUCAUCUACGUGCGGAAGCUCAAGAUCAUGACGGAUCUCCUAGCCGCCGGUUUGCUGAACUUGCAACGAGUGGGGCUGCUGACGGAAGUGUCAGCGGAGACCCUGUUUGGAAAUGUCCCCAGCCUGAUCCGAGCCCACCGGAGCUUUUGGGAAGAGGCGCUGGGGCCCACCCUGGAGGAGACGCGCGCCUCGGGCCAGCCUCUGGACCCUGUCAGCCUGCAAAACGGCUUCCUGUCGCCUGCCCCCCGUCCCCCGUCCUGCAGCCGAGCCUGCACCUAUCCCUCCUUCCCCUGCCCGCUCCCCGCCCCACACCUGUGCCUCCAGUUCAGCCAGCGCUUCCAGCCCUACGUCCUGUACUGCCUGCGAGUGAAGCAGACCAUGGCCUACGCCUGGGAGCGGCAGGACAGCAACCCUCUCUUCCACACCUUCGUCCAGUGGUGUGAGAAGCACAAGCGCUCGGGGAGGCAGAUGCUGGGGGACCUCCUCAUCAAGCCCUACCAGCGCAUCACCAAGUACCCACUGCUGCUCCAGGCCGUGCUCAAGAGGAGCCCCGAGGCCCGCGCCCGCGGGGCCCUGACCGCCAUGCGUGGCACGGAUGUCGUUGUCGGGGUGGGACGUGCAGGCGAGGGGCUGAGCCGGCCUCCCGCCACCACCCCCCCUCACCCAGAUCGCAGCGGUGGGCUCAUUUCUCCAGCACAUCAACCAGCAGAUGCGCCAGGGCGAGGAGCAGGAGAGCCUGGCGGCCGCAGCCCAGCGCAUCGGGCCCUACGAGGUCCUGGAGCCGUCCAGCGAGGAGGUGGAGAAGGACACCCAGUGCCCCGCUCCCGUGCUCUCUGCACCCCCCCUCAGAACCUGCGUCCAUUCUCCACGCUGGACCUGAUGGCCCCCGUGCUGGGGGUCGCUCCUGAGCACACCAGGCAGCUGCUGCUCGAGGGGCCUGCGCGCAUGAAGGAGGGACGAGAAGGGAAGCUGGAUGUGUACCUGUUCCUCUUCUCUGAUGUGCUCUUGGUGACCAAGCCCCUUCGCAGGGCAGACAAAGCCAAGGUUAUCCGCCCGCCCCUCAUGCUGGAGAAGCUUGUGUGCCGACCGCUCCGAGAUCCAAGCAGCUUCCUGCUUAUCCACCUCACCGAAUUCCAGUGCGUCGUCUCCAGCGCCCUCACUGUGCACUGUCCCAGCGCUACAGACCGUGCCCUGUGGUUGGAGAAGACCCAGCAGGCCCAGGUCACCCUGCAAAAGCUGAAAGCAGAGUGCCCCCAGCAGAAGAGGGAGCUCCUGGCCCUCUAUCAGCACCGGGACGGGGGGGGCCCAGGCCCCAGGCCCUCCACGCCUUCCGAAGAAGGCUCUGAGAGCAGCACAGAGGGAAGUAACUGUAGGAAUCCCGAGUCCUCGACCGUCAUCCCCCAGCUGGUGGUGACAGAAGACACAGAUGAAGAUGCUCCCUCUGUACCAGAUGAUGCCUCGGACUCUGGCUAUGGCACUCUGGUCCCAGGCUCCCCCAGGGCGCCCCACUUCCUGCCAAACCGUCUACGCUCCAGGGCCCUUCGGCGGGACCCUCGCCGCACCUCCUCCACCCUGGACCUCCGAGAUGUUCCUUUGCAUCCCCAGCCUCCUGACCCCCAAGCUCCCCAACGCCGAAGCGCCCCUGAACUGCCAGAGGAAAGUGUCCAGAAAGGAGGCAGCCUUCCCAGGGGAGACCCACCGACCUCGUCUGAGGAAGAAGACGGGACCUCGGUUGGAGAGAAUGUGGUAGUGGAAGCCUUACAUAGGGCCCGACUUCGGGGGCAGCUCUCCCCCUCCCCGACCCACACGGACUCUGCUGGGGAAAGCCCCUGGGGAUCCUCAGGGGACGAGGAAGAAGAGGGGCCCUUCCUGGGACCCGGCCACAGCCCCUCCCCUCACCCGCUCCGGGCCGAGGACAUGCUCCGAGAGAUCCGGGAGGAACUGGCCAGCCAAAGGAUCGAGAGAGUCCCCGAGCCUGGGGACAGCAGACCUCGGAAGCUGACUCGGGUCCAGCUGCAGAGGAUGCGGGGCCUUCACGUCAUACACUUGGACACGCCCCUGUCCACAUCAGAGGUGUGAGGGAAUACCUCCCUAAGAGUGCUGGUCACCACCUCCACCCCUGGAUUCUACCUCAAGGACACUUACCCAGGCACCCUGCCCUUCCUGCUCUGAGGACUUUGGGGGUCAAGAGCUGUACACUGAUGUGU